AUGGCCAGCCCCAAGGCUUUUCUCCUUGCAAUCCUCGGCUGCGCCUUCUUAUUCAGUGGUGCUCUCGCAGCUCGCGCCCUGAGUGACGACUCAGCCAUGGUGGCGAGGCACGAGCAAUGGAUGGCACAGUACAGCCGUGUCUACAAAGAUGCUGCCGAGAAGGCUCGGCGGUUCGAGGUGUUCAAGGCCAAUGUUAAGUUCAUCGAGUCAUUCAACGCCGCUGGGAACCGCAAGUUCUGGCUCGGCGUCAACCAGUUUGCCGACCUCACCAACGACGAGUUCAGGGCCACCAAGACUAACAAGGGCUUCAAACCUAGCCCGAUGAAGGUCCCUACCGGAUUUAGGUACGAGAAUGUUAGCAUUGAUGCGCUUCCGGCGACCAUCGACUGGAGAACCAAGGGUGCUGUGACUCCCAUCAAGGAUCAGGGACAGUGUGGCUGCUGCUGGGCGUUCUCGGCUGUGGCCGCCACGGAGGGCAUUGUGAAAAUCAGCACCGGAAAGCUCAUCUCGCUCUCGGAGCAAGAGUUGGUGGAUUGCGAUGUCCAUGGAGAGGAUCAGGGAUGUGAGGGUGGUUUGAUGGACGACGCCUUCAAGUUCAUCAUCAAGAAUGGCGGCCUAACCACUGAGUCUGGCUAUCCUUACACAGCUGCGGAUGACAAGUGCAAGAGUGGAUCGAACAGUGCUGCGACCAUCAAAGGCUAUGAAGAUGUGCCGGCAAACAACGAGGCAGCCCUCAUGAAGGCCGUAGCUAACCAGCCUGUCUCGGUGGCCGUGGAUGGAGGAGACAUGACAUUUCAGUUCUACUCCGGUGGUGUGAUGACCGGCUCUUGCGGCACAGACUUGGAUCAUGGAAUUGCAGCAAUCGGUUAUGGAAAGGCAAGUGAUGGCACAAACUACUGGCUCAUGAAGAACUCUUGGGGCACCACAUGGGGCGAGAAUGGUUACUUGAGAAUGGAGAAGGAUAUUUCGGACAAGAGGGGCAUGUGCGGCCUCGCCAUGGAGCCUUCCUACCCCACUAAGUAG